AUGCAGACAGAACCUCAUUUGAAAUUUAGAUUGCCUAUGAAAUUAACUCCAAAACACGUUUCACGUUGCUUCGCUCGUUAUGGAUGUGGGUGGAAAUUUUCAGUGGGUGGUUGUUCCUUUGCUUGUGUUUUGUGUUUCUGCCACUUGGGACAGAGCAAUCGCUCAGGAGAAACAGUAAUAAAAAUUUCGUCGCAUGGAAAAUAUCAAUGA